UACUUUGAAGAUUCAGAUUUGAGGUUGAAGAAAGGAAGACGCAUUUGGGGACUGAUCUGCUGCCUCUAGACUUCUUCUCUAGGGUGAAAAUUCACUGUUCUUCUCUGUGGUCUCAGUGCUGCCUAGCCGGUAGAUAAAGAUCGGUCAAAUAGCUGACUACACAGACUCUGCCUUUUCCGUGUUUUCGUGGCCAGAGACAUGACCUGACGCCUUGAUGACCAGUCUCAGGGCCCUUGGGUGACUGGCUGGGGCACCAUGGAACUUAAAGUAUGGGUGGACGGAGUUCAGAGGAUUGUUUGUGGGGUCACCGAAGUCACAACUUGCCAGGAAGUUGUCAUAGCCUUAGCUCAAGCGAUAGGUCGAACUGGAAGGUACACGCUUAUAGAAAAAUGGAGAGAUACUGAAAGACACUUAGCACCUCAUGAAAAUCCUAUCAUAUCCUUAAACAAAUGGGGGCAGUACGCUAGUGACGUACAGCUGAUUUUACGUCGAACGGGGCCCUCUCUCAGUGAGCGGCCCACGUCGGAUGGUGUGGCUCGAGUUCCUGAAAGAACUUUAUGCAGGCAGAGUUUGCCCCCCUUAGCUAAACUGAGGCCUCAGAUUGACAAAGCAAUCAAAAGGAGAGAGCCUAAAAGGAAAUCGUUAACAUUUACAGGAGGUGCCAAAGGGUUAAUGGACAUUUUUGGAAAAGGUAAAGAAACUGAAUUUAAGCAAAAGGUGCUGAAUAACUGCAAAACAACAGCAGAUGAGUUAAAGAAGCUGAUCCAUUUGCAGACAGAGAAGCUCCAAUCCAUUGAGAAAGAGCUAGAAUCAAAUGAAAUAGAAAUACGAUUUUGGGAGCAAAAAUAUAAUUCUAGCCUUGAAGAGGAAAUUGUCCGCCUGGAGCAAAAGAUCAAAAGAAACGAUGUAGAAAUUGAAGAGGAAGAAUUUUGGGAAAAUGAAUUACAGAUUGAACAGGAAAAUGAAAAACAGCUGAAAGAUCAACUUCAAGAAAUAAGACAGAAAAUAACAGAAUGUGAGAGCAAAUUAAAGGACUAUUUGGGUCAAAUCCAGACUAUGGAAAGUGGUCUUGAAGCAGAAAAAUUGCAACGGGAAGUUCAAGAGGCACAGGUCAAUGAAGAAGAGGUUAAAGGAAAGAUCGGUAAGGUCAGAGGGGAAAUUGACAUUCAAGGCCAGCAGAGUCUGAGGCUGGAAAAUGGUAUUAAAGCUGUGGAAAGAUCUCUUGGACAAGCCACCAAACGAUUACAGGACAAAGAACAAGAAUUGGAGCAGCUGACCAAGGAGCUGCGGCAAGUCAACCUCCAGCAGUUUAUCCAGCAGACAGGGACGAAAGUCACCGUUUUGCCAGCGGAGCCCAUCGAAGUGGAGGCCUCGCAUGCAGACCUAGAAAGGGAGGCACCAUUCCAGUCGGGGUCUCUGAAGCGACCUGGGUCCUCUCGGCAGCUCCCCAGUAAUCUUCGUAUUCUACAGAAUCCUAUCUCGUCUGGUUUUAAUCCUGAAGGCAUAUAUGUAUAACAUUAUCUGUCUUCAGGGGAGAGACCCAGUAAAGGUACCAAGGACAGUGAAAAUUCCUUCUUUGAUUUUGUGCCAAUGAUGAACAGAGGAUAUAUUUCACAAGCCACCGUAUCUUUUUUCUGUCCUAAAUUGCAUACCACUUGGAGCCAUACCCUGUGCACUGAUGCUAAAGAACAAAGAAACUGUGUUUUCACACAUCCACAGUGUUGAUGUUUUUGUCCAGCAGCUGUAAUGCAAAGCCUUCAUUUUUAUUUGUAGCAUUUUGAGAGCAUUAGGAAAGUAUUAUACUGUGUGUAUACAUAAAUAAAACCAUGACUUCAGAAUGAAGAGAAAUAUGUGACUGGCUUAGUUUAUUUAUUCCAUGUAAUCAAUUAAGGAGUGAAUGUUGAUGUUUUAAUAUUUUUUAUUAAUACUUAUCCUGUGACUGAGUUACAUUGCAUAUUGUGUGAUGAUGACUUUGUGUGCAUGUUGCCAGACUCCAUGCGUUGCUGAAUUACAGCUACACAAGUGUCAUAGGGGGCUCCGCCAUGGAAACUGACUCCAGAAGAACUGACUUGCAUUUACCUUGUGAACCCAUCCUAGCCACUGCUUAAUUAGGUGAGAUAAUUCAGGUUUUCUUUUUAAUCUGGUGUUUAAUCUUUCCUUUACAGUAUUCCUAGCAUAUGAAUGAACCACAUACAAGAACAGAAAUAUUUUCAUGAAGUAAAUUACAUGUUUAAAAGGUUCGCAGUGCUUCAGACACUGUUGAACAAAAACGUAAUUGUUGAAUAUCUAUCCAAACAGGCAUGGGGUUUCCUGAUACAUUACGUGUUUUGUUUCUGCCCUGCCUCAUUAUUUUAGUCUCACGGAGCCUCAGAGUCGCCAUCAUACAUAAAUUAGAGAUGUCUUUAAAAAAAAAAAAAA